AUGCUCCAGGGCUUCCUGGUGGACCUCAUUAUUGCUGGCACUGAUUUCCACCUGGGCCACAUCUCUCACAAGGAUAGCCAUGCCAGCACCUACGAGUCGGCCACUUCUGACACCCUCACGUGCUGUUUGGUGCGUUUAGUGGUUUUUCCCGUGAUCUCGCUCUUGGCGCUCUUGGUUUACCGAAGCACUGAGGCCCGGUCGCCUCUUCGGAAGUUGCAACGGGAGCAGGAGGCCGAGGUCUCCUCCUCGCCACCACGGAACGGCAACGAGCUGCGCGUGCCCUUGGCCGAGGUGCGCCAGACUCGCAGCGACGUAAGCGAGUUUGUCUGGGGCACAGCCCAGUGCAUGAGCAGUUUUCUUGCUCGCGUCGCGCGAAACCUCUUCUUGACCUGUCAACUCAAGGACAUGUUUGCGAUGAAUCGCGACCACGCCUUGCUCAUGAAGACGAAGGCCAACCGGCGGAAAGAGUUCAUCAUGAUCUUCCUCUUUGCGGUGAGCACAGGCAUGUCCUUUUACAAUGGCAUCAAGUGCAUUGUUUAUCACUAUGAUCCGCGCUUUCUGGUUCUGCAAGGGACCUUGCAAGCUCUCACUAUGGUCAUCAUCAAUGUGGAGUACUUUAUGUUGAAAACUAUCUUGAACAAGUUCACUGAAGAGCAAGGUGAGCUCAUCGCGCACAUUCACAUGCACCCCCUGUUCUUUGAAACUGGACUGAAAUGUCACGGCUGCGACAUUUGCAGUGACCAGAUGAAGGGCCCCCACUACGUGGCCUAUCGGUGCCGUACCUGCGACUUUGAUUUGUGCCCAAGAUGUUACAAGCAGAAGGAUAAGACCAGCGCCAAGGGCUUCGGAGCUCGAUCCUUAAGGGGCAACGGUGAGCAGAUUACCACCUGGACCUACUUCCGACGGAUCGUGGAUCUGGCGAUGGAUUUCUGGCCGACUUUGGUGGCCGCUUUGGUGUGUUUGGUGAUUAUGCAGAGCCUUCAGAUCUUAGCGCCCAAACUUCAAGGAUCGAUCUUCGACGGCAUCAUCGCCUAUCUGCAGAAUCCGGGUGUCGGAAAAGACCGCUUUCAAGAUGCGAUGGCGACCUAUGUGACCAUCAUGGUACUGCAAGGUGGCUUGAAGUCCUUGGCACAAGAACUGGUACAAAGACGCAUGGCAUGUGCUGUGCGAUUGAAGCUCUUUGCCAGCGUCAUUCGCAUGGACAUUGCCUUCUUUGACACCAUGCACACUGGCCAGUUGACCUCGCGCAUGACCAACGACGCAAGUCAGAUGACGCAGCCCUUGAACACCUUGUUGAACGACUUGUUGGCAAACGUGCUACUGCUGGUAGGUGGGAUGUUCAUGGCCUUCCGAACCUCAUGGAAACUCUCGAUUUUGGCCUUGACCAUCGUCCCUCCCAUCACCUACAGCUACAGAUCCUUGGCACACUUGUUCAACCGCUUCACGGUCGGAGUCUAUGCCAAGUGGGCGCGCCGCGUCACGCGCUCCAUCUACUGCGCUUACGGCGAAGCGAACUCCACGGCGACGGAUGCCAUCAGCAACAUCCGCACGGAAGCCUUUGAGUCCAACAAGUAUUCAGACAGCAUCAAUACGGCGCUGGGCCACGGUGUGAAGAACGCCUAUGUGGGAGCUUCUGUGACGGCCUUCUCCACCUACUUGAACUUAGGCACUGCUGUUUUGAUCCUUUGGUACGGCGGGCAGCUGGUCUGUGAUAGCGAAGGCAAGAUCAUGAGCAUCGGCUCUUUGAUUACCUUUCAACUUUACUGGAAUAUGAUGAACAACGCCUUCAUCUCUCUUGGGAACGUGUUCAAUGACCUGAUCCGCUCCUCCUCAGCGGCGGAACGGGUCUUGUCCUUGAUCGAUGCGCGGCCCGAUGUGAACCCCGACGAGGGAGAAGUCCUCGUGCGCGAGACCGUCAAAGGACACCUCAAGCUGCGCGGGAUCCAAUUCCGCUACCGCUCACGGCCGGACAGCAUCGUUUUGAAAGGUAUUGAUAUGGAAAUGCCGCCAGGGACGACUACUGCCUUGGUGGGAAAAAGUGGAGGUGGCAAGAGUACACUUGUCCAUUUGUUGAUGCGAUUCUACGAGCCCACGGCGGGAGAAAUCAUCUUGGACGGCAAAGACACAAAGUUGCUUUCCUCCAAGAGUGUUCGUCAGUGCUGCGGCUUCGUAGCACAAGAUACUCAAUUAUUCUCCUGCUCGAUUGAAGAGAAUUUGUCCUAUGGCUUGGGACGAGAUCACAGCAAGGAGGAAGUGAUCGAGGCAUGCAAAGCUGCAAACGCACAUGAGUUCAUUCUGGAAAUGGAAGAAGGCUACGAGACACGCGUGGGAGAGAAAGGCAUCAUGCUCUCGGGAGGGCAGAAGCAACGCUUGGCCGUUGCCCGAUGCUUCUUACGGAAGCCCAGGAUGCUGUUCUUGGACGAAGCCACCUCUGCGCUGGAUGCGGAGAAUGAGGCAAUUGUCCAGGGCGCACUGGAAUCUCUACUGCUGGAGCUCAAUAGUACGGUCGUUCUGAUCGCCCAUCGCUUGAGCACCGUGAUCAACGCCACACAGAUUUGUGUGAUUCACAAGGGUCUCAUCGUGGAGAGGGGCACUCACGAUGAGUUAGUAGCAAAAGGAGGCGUGUAUGCUCAACUUGUGAGCCGGCAGCUGUCUCGAGAUGCCAGUGCCGUGAUUGGAGCGAAGAAAGCGAAAGACACCAAGAACAACCAGACUCUUGCCACACCAAUGACAUGUACUACUGUAAGUGAUUCACGAAGUGAAGAGCAAUCCCAAGUCAUAUACUGUGACCCCGCUGGUUGA